CUGCUCUCUCUCUGUGUUUGUCUUGAUUAACUGAGCUGUCUCCCAGUGAGCUGCAGUAUUCUGUUUCUCUGCACCCUGGGGGGGACACAGUUGUUAUCUACAGCCUCCUGCCUCAACACAGCUCUGUUUUACUGGUUGUUAGCUACAGCCUCCUGCCUCAACACAGCUCUGUUUUACUGGUUGUUAGCUACAGCCUCCUGACUCAACACAGCUCUGUUUUACUGGUUGUUAGCUACAGCCUCCUGCCUCAACACAGCUCUGUUUUACUGGUUGUUAGCUACAGCCUCCUGCCUCAACACAGCUCUGUUUUACUGGUUGUUAGCUACAGCCUCCUGCCUCAACACAGCUCUGUUUUACUGGUUGUUAGCUACAGCCUCCUGCCUCAACACAGCUCUGUUUUACUGGUUGUUAGCUACAGCCUCCUGCCUCAACACAGCUCUGUUUUACUGGUUGUUAGCUACAGCCUCCUGCCUCAACACAGCUCUGUUUUACUGGUUGUUAGCUACAGCCUCCUGCCUCAACACAGCUCUGUUUUACUGGUUGUUAGCUACAGCCUCCUGCCUCAACACAGCUCUGUUUUACUGGUUGUUAGCUACAGCCUCCUCAACACAGCUCUGUUUUACUGGUUGCCUCCUGCUGAACGCAGCACUGUGGCCAUUUACUGGCUUUAAUGUGGAGGAAUGCUACGCUAUCGUCUGUCGGGGGAAUUAGGAGGCGUCUCUUGGGGCUGAGCAGAGGGACAAAUUAGGCUAUAUACUGUUAGUCUACUAGUGCAUAAACAGUGGCAUAUCCAGACACAGUGAAAAUAAUGACUGUUUACAAACCACUUGCAUAAGGAAGUUGCUUCUGCAAUUAAACAGUUUUGCUGAAGGCUUCAGUAUAAAUGAUGCUUGUGGGAAUUGAACCUACAACCUCACCACACUCUUAACUCAGCCACACUGGACCACAGGGGUGUUGGUGAUGGGAAAGUCUGGACUGGACCACAGAGGUGUUGGUGAUGAAGACCUGGAGUCUGGCCUGGACGACAGAGGUGUUGGUGAUGAAGACCAGGAGUCUGGACUGGAUCACAGAGGUGUUGGUGAUGAAGACCAGGAGUCUGGACUGGACCACGGGGGUGUUGGUGAUGGGAAAGUCUGGACUGGACCACAGAGGUGUUGGUGAUGAAGACCAGGAGUCUGGACUGGACCACGGGGGUGUUGGUGAUGGGAAAGUCUGGACUGGAUCACAGAGGUGUUGGUGAUGAAGACCAGGAGUCUGGACUGGACCACAGAGGUGUUGGUGAUGAAGACCAGGAGUCUGGACUGGACCACAGAGGUGUUGGUGAUGAAGACCAGGAGUCUGGACUGGACCACAGAGGUGUUGGUGAUGAAGACCAGGAGUCUGGACUGGACCACAGAGGUGUUGGUGAUGAAGACCAGGAGUCUGGACUGGACCACAGAGGUGUUGGUGAUGAAGACCAGGAGUCUGGACUGGAUCACAGAGGUGUUGGUGAUGAAGACCAGGAGUCUGGACUGGAACACAGAGGUGUUGAUGAUGAAGACCAGGAGUCUGGACUGGACCACAGAGGUGUUGGUGAUGAAGACCAGGAGUCUGGACUGGAACACAGAGGUGUUGGUGAUGAAGACCAGGAGUCUGGACUGGAACACAGAGGUGUUGGUGAUGAAGACCAGGAGUCUGGACUGGAACACAGAGGUGUUGGUGAUGAAGACCAGGAGUCUGGACUGGAACACAGAGGUGUUGGUGAUGAAGACCAGGAGUCUGGACUGGAACACAGAGGUGUUGGUGAUGAAGACCUGGAAAGCGGAGUGGUAGAAUGCGGGGCCGGGAUGCUGUCUGAGAGUUCUAUGAUUCUCACAGUGAACCGGUCUCUUUUUCAGCCCCUCACUUCUCUUCAGUCUCACUCUCCUCUCCUCCAGCGGUCUCUAUUCAGCCCCUCACUUCUCUUCAGUCUCACUCUCCUCUCCUCCAGCGGUCUCUAUUCAGCCCCUCACUUCUCUUCAGUCUCACUCUCCUCUCCUCCAGCGGUCUCUAUUCAGCCCCUCACUUCUCUUCAGUCUCACUCUCCUCUCCUCCAGCGGUCUCUAUUCAGCCCCUCACUUCUCUUCAGUCUCACUCUCCUCUCCUCCAGCGGUCUCUAUUCAGCCCCUCACUUCUCUUCAGUCUCACUCUCCUCUCCUCCAGCGGUCUCUAUUCAGCCCCUCACUUCUCUUCAGUCUCACUCUCCUCUCCUCCAGCGGUCUCUAUUCAGCCCCUCACUUCUCUUCAGUCUCUCUCUCUCCUCUCCUCCAGCGGUCUCUAUUCAGCCCCUCAACUCUUCUUCUCCAGCGGCCAUAAUGAUGAUGACUUCCUGUUCCUUCAGGGUCGUCAUCUGUGUUAUUACAAUGUGUCUUUUUGGAACCGUUCAGUCCUGCAGAUUACAACAUAAAGGCACACUGACAAUGGACAUAAAGCACCUGUUAGCAACUUCCUAUUUCACCUGCUGUACCAAGGCAAUCUGAUCCCGUUCUCUGUGUGCUCAGGUGGAAUGGUGUGUGGGGGGAUAUAAUGGGAGAGUCAUUUCAUGCUUGGUUUGUGAGCAGAGGUCUGGAGAGAGACUGGAGGUCAAAAUAGUGUCCCGCUCCUUCACAUAUGAAACCAUUCAUUGUCUAUUGGUCUCGUCUUGUUCCACUUUUCCUCAUUGGGGCUAAAGAAUGUUCCAGUCACCUUUUUUUACAAAAGGACGACGACUAAUGCGGUCCCUGGAUUUCUCUGUGAGAAGCUCCAGUCUGUAACCUUGACAUUCAGCUGUCCACUAUGGAACUAGCACUACUAUUUCCAGCACCGGUUUGGCGUUGCGAGAGAGGCCGCCCUUUUGGCGUUGCGAGAGAGGCCGCCCUUUUGGCGUUGCGAGAGAGGCCGCCCUUUUGGCGUUGCGAGAGAGGCCGCCCUUUUGGCGUUGCUAGAGAGGCCGCCCUUUUGGCGUUGCUAGAGAGGCCGCCCUUUUGGCGUUGCGAGAGAGGCCGCCCUUUUGGCGUUGCGAGAGAGGCCGCCCUUUUGGCGUUGCGAGAGAGGCCGCCCUUUUGGCGUUGCGAGAGAGGCCGCCCUUUUGGCGUUGCGAGAGAGGCCGCCCUUUUGGCGUUGCGAGAGAGGCCGCCCUUUUGGCGUUGCGAGAGAGGCCGCCCUUUUGGCGUUGCGAGAGAGGCCGCCCUUUUGGCGUUGCUAGAGAGGCCGCCCUUUUGGCGUUGCUAGAGAGACAACUGUUUUUCUAUGUUGCACAUUUUGCGUCGUCUUUUUGUAAUUUGCUUAUGUAUUAGUCUUUGUUUUCACUGCUUUUCUCACUACGCUCUUCCUUCCUAGGAAUCAAUAUUGUAUGAUUUUCGCCAUGUUUUAGAUGUCUUCUACAUUGUAAUGGGUAUCAUAAACUGGGUGGUUCGAGCCCUGAAUGCUGAUUGGCUAACAGCCGUUGUAUAUCAGACAGUUUACCACAGGGAUGACAAAACAUGUAUUUUUACUGCUCUAAUUACGUUGGUAAUCAGUUUAUAAUAUCAAUAAGGCACCUUGGGGGUUUGUGAUAUACUGCCAAUAUACCACGGCUAAGGGCUGUGUCCAGGCACUCCGCGUUGCGUCGUGCUUAAGAACAGCCCUUAGCUGUGGUAUAUUGGCCACAUACCACAAAUCCCCAUGAGCCUUAUUGCUUAAUUCUAAUACAAGUAAAGAGAGAUCAUCUCCCAGGACAACAGAGGCAUAUUAAAUAUGUUUCUCAUUUCACUUGGGCUCAUUCAUUCAUAGUCGUUUUGUUUAAAAACAAUGAAUUGAAAUGUUCUACAUCUCACUAGAUUAUUUCAAUAGAAGUGAAUUGUA